AUGCUUGCCGCCGAUGAUUUGACUUUCAGUGGUGUAUCAACUCAGCAACAACAACAAUCUGCUUUUGCUGCUGCCGCUGCUUAUUUCAAUGCUUCUAAUGUUGUUGAUGUUUCUGGAGGAUCUAUCCAGCCUAGAAAGAAUAGGCGUGAAAGGACUACUUUUACUCGUGCUCAACUUGAUGUUUUGGAAGACCAAUUUAGCCAAUCUCCAUAUCCUGAUGUUUAUUUGAGAGAACAAAUAGCUAGUAGGAUUCAACUACAAGAAUCUAGAAUUCAGGUCUUUUCUUUAAAAAAUUUUUGUUUUCCGCUCUUAGCUGACCUUAAGGAAUUUGAGAAUAUUAAAAAUAAAUAA